CUACGUCUGGCCGGUCACGUACAUGGUCACGUACACACUUUCACCUCUUGUCACCUCUUAUCAACCAUCUUUCACCUUCUGAUUCUUCUCUAAACUCUACAGGCUCUACUAUUCUAAUCAUGGAGGAGCUAGAGAUUCUACCAAGUGGCCUCAAAGAAAUUGUAAAAGAUCAAGACUCUGGACUGGAGGUCCGAAUAUAUUACCUGGAAUGUCUGGCUCAAGCUACAUACAUCAUAGCACAUGAAGGGAAAGCUUUUAUUGUUGAUCCCAGAAGAGAUGUGGAUACUUUCAUACAAGAGUUAAAUGCUUUAGGUGCUAAACUAAUUGGAAUACUUGAGACUCAUUUUCAUGCUGAUUUUGUAUCCGGGCACAAUGAGCUAAUGCAGAGGACUCAAGCACCCAUUUAUUUUGGCCCAACUGCUGGUCCUCGCUGCCAAUUUCCACAUCAUGAACUCAAAGAUGAAGAGAUCAUAAAGUUCUCUUCAAGAUAUUCAAUUAAAGUAUUGCACACUCCAGGACACACACCAGAAGCAGUUGUGUAUCUCCUGAUUGACACAUCCAACAAUGACAGACCAAUAAAGGCAUUUACUGGGGAUACCUUGUUCAUUGGGUCUUGUGGCAGACCUGAUCUUGUUGGAUCGGUUGGUUUUACAGCCGAACAAAUGGCAAGAAUGAUGUUUGAAACCCUCAGGAGCAAGAUAUGCUCAUUACCAUCUGAUGUUCAGAUAUUUCCAGCUCAUGGUGCUGGAUCUCCAUGUGGCAAAAAUCUCAGCACCGAUCUGUACUCUACCAUUGGCAAAGAGAUGCAAACUAAUCCAGCUCUGAAGUUUACUGAUGAGGAUAAAUUUGUUAAGUUUUUGACGGAUGGACAGCCUGCUGCUCCAGGAUAUUUUUCACAUGAUGUGGCCCAAAAUACAGCUGGUGCCCUACCAUUAUCUGAAGUAUUGAGCAAGAUACCAAGACUUACCAGCGAUCAGUUUAAAUUGAUAGUAGAUAAUAACACUGCAGAUUACACUGUAAUCGAUACAAGAAAUCCUGAAGAGUAUAACACUGGAUAUAUCGAAGGGUCAUUGAAUUUCCCUCUUGGUGAAUCAGGUGGGGCUAUUCUCAGACCUGAGGAUGGUAACUUUGCCAUAUGGGUUGGUACUCUCCUCUUGAGUAAUAGAAAUCUCUUGCUCAUUGCCAAACCAGGAAAAGAAGGAGAGGCCCUACAAAGACUGGCACGCAUUGGAUACACUAAUGUAAAAGGUAUACUCAAGAAUGGCAUGACUGACUGGAUUCAAUCAGGCUAUCCAGUACAUGCUACACAAAGGAUUGACAUUAGGCCAGGGCAUGGUACGUCACUCCAGGAUCUUGUGUCCAAUGGCUAUCAUGUGAUUGAUGUGAGGACUAAGCAAGAGCAUGAGGGUAAUACAGUUAAAGGAUCUCACAAUGUCCCAUUGAAUGAAAUAUACAGCCACUUGGAGGAGUUAGACAAGUCAAGAAGAUACCUAGCCUUUUGCAGCACUGGUUACAGAUCUGUUAUUACCGUUAGCAUAUUAAGAGCUAGUGGUAUUGAUGCAGUUGAUGUGAUUGGUGGUUUUGCAGCAGCCAGUGUCUACGCACCUGAUCUUACAACCAGUGGAAAGGUUUGUCCUGCAAUGAAAUCAAUGAUAGAUAAACUAGAAGCUGCCUAAUGCUGAUUGCUGAAUUGCUUGCACUCAUGAAUUUUUAUCCAUAUCAUUGUAAGACAAAUGUGUAUUGUACACAACUCGUUAAUAUUUUGUACAAAUAUGCAACCAACUAAUAUUUUGUAUGCAAUGUCUUUAUUAUUGCAAUUAUCAACAAUUAAAAAUUAAUGCAAAAGGA